CUGGGAGAGCGGGCGCUGUCCGCUAGAGAGCAGGUCCUGAAACGCUCUGUGCGCCGCCGCCGGAUGCUGCGCGCAGGCAGGCUGGUCAUUUUGUGGUUAUAAAAAAAGCUGGUUUAUGUGAUUUCUGUCUCCUAGACAGGAGCUCGGAGCCAAAAUAGCUUCAGAAAUUUGACUUGAAGAGAUUUGCCUCCGAAACUCACUCAGUUGACGGGAGCGUGUGUGCAGCGAGUCCUGGUCCACUCCGGAGGUGACUGAGAAGAAACCUCUGAAGUCUAAAGAUUUUACCUGAACCUCAAAGUGCAUUAUUUUUCUUCUGGUUUUUGAGUGAUUUUACUUAUUUAUUUUCAACACUGUAUUUUUUUAUUUUGGCAUGUGACAUUUUUUUGUUGUUGUUGUUGGAUAUGACGCCGCUUGAUGUGACCGCUUGUCCGCACUCAGAUGCUGAACUGAAGGGGGAUGCUCAUGCGAGAAGCGCUGCCAAGGACGAAUUAUAAAAAAAAAGGAAAUGUGCAAAGAUGAACCAGGACACAUUGGAUCUUUAACGAAUAUUUCUGCCUCUUGCGCCUAUUUUUUUCAUUACUUUAUGUCAAACUGAGAGAAGAGUUUUUCCUCCAUUGGUAAAAGUCCAAGGGGGUCACGGUCAACGGACCGAGAAGAGAAAAAGAGCUGAGCAGUCAUAUUUUAUACUAUAUUUUCCUUUUUUUUGGAUUAAUAAUUACAACAACAACAAAAAAACUUUGAAUUUUCUGUCGUCCUGGGACUGGCGCAACUUGACGCGCAGGAGAAGGAAGGAACCCAUACCUUAUUCUGUUUAGGGGACACAACACUAACCCGUUGUCGUGAUUCCAUUUGUUCCUUCCUCUUUAAUUCUUUUUAUAUUUCAUCAGCUCAUUGAAAUUUGAUUUUUUUUUUUUUAACAAGGAAAAACAUUUUUGAAGGAAAGUCUCGUUUACUCUUUGGAGAUCCCAUCUUUUACUAGAGCCCGUAAAGUGGAAGACCAAAGCGGGUGUUAUUUUUAAGAACCUCUAUUUGCUUAAAGCGACCCCCCAACGCCCCAGGACCCCCCCCUCUCAGUACCGAUGGAGAUUCAUUGUAAGCACGACCCGUUCGCGGCGAUGCACAGACAUGGUGGGGUGAACCAGCUCGGAGGCGUGUUUGUAAAUGGCAGACCCCUUCCAGAUGUGGUACGACAACGAAUAGUAGAGCUUGCCCAUCAAGGGGUUCGACCCUGUGACAUCUCAAGGCAGCUGCGGGUCAGCCAUGGAUGCGUCAGCAAGAUAUUGGGCAGGUACUAUGAAACAGGCAGCAUCCGCCCUGGGGUAAUCGGGGGAUCCAAACCAAAGGUUGCUACACCCAAAGUGGUCGACAAGAUCGCCGAUUACAAACGCCAAAAUCCCACCAUGUUUGCCUGGGAGAUUCGGGACAGGCUCCUGGCUGAGAGAGUUUGUGACAAUGACAGUGUCCCCAGUGUCAGCUCCAUCAACAGGAUCAUACGGACUAAGGUUCAGCAGCAACCUGGUCAAACGGGCUCGGUGUCGGCUCACAGCUUAGCGACGUCCGUAGCUUCUACACAGGUUUCAGCGGUCACUAGCGACUCUGCUGGCUCAUCGUACUCAAUCAGCGGCAUAUUGGGAAUCAGCUCUGCUGCCGACGUGGGCAAGAGGAAGAGAGAUGAGGUUUUGCAGGAGUCACCACUGGCUAAUGGGCAUGGUCACAGUGGGCGGGACUUCCUCAGGAAGCAGAUGAGAGGGGAAUUGUUCUCGCCACAGCAGAUCGAGGUAUUGGACCGCCUCUUUGACAGACAACCAACCUGUCCAAUCCAAACCACCACUGAACUCUAUCUGAGCCCUGACGCUGGCAAGACAUCGGACUACUCAGCAAUGGCUUCUUUAGCAGGCGGGUUGGACGAGAUGAAGAACAGUUUGGCCAAUCCUGGCACAGGGACAGAACUAGGAUCCAACGUAUCCGGACCACAGUCUUACCCUCUUGUUCCAGGUCGAGAUUUAGCCAGCACAACUCUGCCAGGCUACCCUCCUCAUGUCCCCCCAACUGGGCAGGGCAGCUACUCUACUCCCUCUCUCACUGGCAUGGUACCAGGAGGAGAUUUUUCUGGGAGUCCCUAUUCCCACCCACAGUAUUCCACGUACAAUGAAUCAUGGAGAUUUCCAAACCCUAGCCUAUUAGUGUUUCAGCAGGAUUAUGGUUCUCUCCUGGGGACGGAGAUCGGCUGCUCGUCCAGUCUCUUCACCAGUCAGGCAGGACAGAUGCAAGGGUCACCAUAUUAUUAUAGUGCAACGUCACGGGGGGCAGGCCCUGCUGCCACUGCAACAGCCUCUGCCUACGAUCGCCACUGACCCUUCCAGAGAGAAGAGAGGGCUGAAGAGCAGGAAGACAAAGGAGGAUCAGAUGGAUAGCACCAGCACCGCUCAGUAAAAACCUGCCCGUAUGAGGAAGGACUGAAACAAGUUUUACAGAUCUUUUGACGUCAGACAAGUCAGCUUUUUAUUUGAUUCCACACCUACAAACACACAUUCUGGCUAAAAAACAAUACUGCCUGGUUGGACAAUAUUGUACAAAGAUAGAAAUAAUUUUAUUUAAUGUAACAUUUUUGAAAUUCAGACCCUCCUACAUUACGUUUAGUCUUUAUCUUUUUUUUUUCAUAAAACUCAAGAAGUAAAGCUAGUUGUUUUACUGAGAGACUGCUAUAUAUAUAUAU